AUGGUUACUAUUGAAUCAUUGCCUAAUGAAUUGUGGAUGAUGUUCUUCGGAUAUUUCAAUGCCCACGAAUUGUAUUAUCAUUUCAAUGGUCUCAAUGCAAGAAUUGAUCGUCUUAUUCGAUCAGUCAGUAACCUUUGUUUGAAAAUCAAUGAAAAUAAUUAUGCUUACUAUGUUCAACAUAUAAUGCCGCGGAUCAAUUUUCGAAAUAUCCAAUCUUUGUCGUUUCACAGUCAAUCAAAAACCGUAAAAACAACUGACUUUUUUCUACAUUAUCCAUUGAAUCGAUUUCGAAAACUUCGUUCAUUUGUAUUUCACGAUUGGUACCUUCCUCUCGAAAACCAUCGACAGGUUAUCGAACAACUUCCAUAUCUGAAGAUUUUGGAAAGACUUGAUAUCAAACUGAUGGAACUUUCGAUGGAUUUUUCUGAUGAGAACAAUACUCGUACGAUAGAACUUAUAUUUAACAGUAGUAAGAAUCUGCGAACCUCAUUAAAACAUGUUACACUAGACAUUUAUGUGAGUAAUUCAAUGCUUCCUCAAAUCAGCUUCCUACCAACAAAUAUUGAAGAUUUUCAAGUUUCCGUUAUGCAUGUCGAAUCUUUUCUAAAAUUAACUCCGUCAUUGGCGUCGAGCUGUAGAACGAUUCAAUUCAAAUAUCUCGAGGGAAGUCAUUCCAAUGAAGUACAGUUGCCACCUUCGACAAAGGUUCUUAGUCAUUGUACGAAAGUAACCGUUAAAAAAACAAAUUGUUACUUUCGAUUCGAUCAUUUAAAAGCUUUUCUGAGUUGUCUGCCGGAAGUGAAACAACUGUCAAUUGAUAAUACAUGCGCCAAUGAAUUUAUAACAGCAGAACACCUGGAAUUCUUAUUAAAUAGGUAUUGUUCAAAAUUAUCGAAAUUUCAAUAUACGUAUCGUGACGAUCCUUCCUAUACUUUUGCUGAUUUUACUGGCGCAUGUAAACAAUCCGGAUAUUGGUCAAGUGGAGAUGUCCAUUUUGCCAAAGUUCUUCACGGACAUGUGCUUUAUUUCGAUCGAAAACAAUAA